AUGGGCAGCCUCGCAGUUGGGCGGGAGUCUCAAGGCGCUAGUUCCGCGGCCGCCUUCGUGGUGCCGGAGAGCCAGCAAAAUGUGCCACACGUGCCUGCGAAUGGCAUUGGUGCCCUUGACGCCCUGCUGGACCUCGAUGACAUGUCGGCCGACCGCAGCUUGUCCAUGCCCCUGUCUCCUUUGGAGCCAGAAGCUGGUCCGGGAGGGUGUCCGGCAUGGUGUUCUAGCUGUCCACCAACCCCGUUCGCUGGGGCAGCGACACCGACUCUGCCAGAUCACCAUGCUCGCCAGCGCCUAGAUCAGCUAGACAAUGAACCCCUUGUUGAACCAUGGACGUACGUUCCCCAGACACCUCUGUCGAUAGACAACAGGAGCCCGCGAGAUUUUGCUUUCCACCUUCCCUUCAGGUUUUUCUCAACAAACAUAACGCACGACCAAAACAACAACAUUGGCACUUUCCUCGACGACUGUCCAUAUUUCCAUAGCGGCAACAGCGAGCGCCAUCAUCAGCCCGACCUGGGCUUAGACAACUUCGGUCCAUUUCACGUCGACGUCAAUCUUCCAAGGAGUCCUGUCUACCGCUCAUUCUACCUUUCUCCCCCAGCUUCGACAAAAAGUCUCGCUUCCGAACCUUGCGCAUUUCACCAUUAUUUCGAUAAUUUCAGAAGCACCUUCUCGAGCAUCCAACACGGUCCCAUAAUGCCUGACCCUACAGAUGUGGCUUCGGCUGAUGGGGCCGCGCCCUCUGGCCGGUCUAACUAUGCUGCCAAAACCAUCGCUCAACAGUGGCCACGCCGGCCGCAUUCGGCUCACAGCGAGCAGAUGGCCCGACUUCCCAGUCCCUUCUUCUCUCUGUGGACAAAACUACAUCAUCAUCAGCACAUGGAACAUAACGGCAAGUCGCAGCAGCCGCUCGAGGAUGCAGGACAUGGUUUCGCAGACACCAAGCCGACGACACACAAGCGAUUUACCCAUUCCAGAUCUAGCAGCAUUGGGACACGACAAAGUCAGGCCAAUGCGGUUCCACAGAUGACCCGGGAAGAGUUUGAGGCUCUGCCAUUGGCAAUACAGCGCAAGUACUUCUCAACCCUCGAAAGGUUGCGCUUUGCUCGGGAGUCUUACCUCAUCGACGGCAUCACACGACACUACGACGAGAUAUCCAACUACAAACGCCAAAAGGGCCACAAACAGCAAAGUCGCUCGGAGCAAAUCGUCAGUCGUGACGGGCGGGGACCAUUAGGAGGGGAAUCGAGCCUGCCAUCUCCUGUUCUCGAAAUACCAGAGGCAUCUGUCGACAACAUGCGCCAACAAGAGUUAACCCGCGAAGAGCAGCUUGCUCUUGCAAGGCGUCUCCGUGCUAGCGUCAUUCUGGACGCAGCAGACGAGGCUAUAUACAAGAUGAACAGGAGGAACAAUGGCCACCCAAACGUGAAGAGGGAGGGCCUCAUGCCGUCGCAUAUGUCUCAGCAAAACACUUUGGAGGCUCGAGAAGGCGUCAAGAACCGUUCUGAGCAACCCAUCAGUGAAGAGCUACCUCAGUCGUUUUAUGAAAGCUUCCGAUGGCUCGACGAAGAAGACGAUCUGGACUUGCGUCUUUUCCUGGACGAUUACCAUGCCAAUUUGAGGGACGGCCUUCCAUCACCAAAACAACAACGACCAUCUUUCCGCAGGCAAAUGUCUGUAUCCAAGCUUCCAUUCGGCAUGCCAUCCACGCCUACCCUCACCAGCAGACCAGGAAGCCACAAUGCCCUAGCAACUGGGUCGUCAGCGCCUACCUCGGCAGGUAGUGUCGCUAACUCGGAUGGACGCACACACCGGAAGUCGCGCACUCUGUCGCUCAUCACACCAAAGCACAGCCCCCAGGAUUCAAUAUUUGACCCAUCUGCAGCUCACUAUCAAGAUCCUGAGGCUCGAUUGAAGUUGCGCGUUUAUCUUGCCUCUCCUCAGAAAUUCGAUGAGGCUAUCGAGUUUGGCUUCCCCUCUACGGACGCGCUUGGCGCAGGGUCUAUGGUCCAUACCGAGUUCAUGGAAAUGCCCCUCGGCCCUGCCCGCAAGAAGAUUCAGUCGACGCCAAAAGAAGAAGAUACGUGGGCCAUGGGUACAUUUUUGGCUGAUGACGACGACGAGCAUGUCUCUCUCAACAGCGAUCAGCCAUCACUUGCGGAUCCCGAGUCGCCCAAAACACCCCAAGCAUUCGAGACCAGAUCCCACCCUCAACGUGCUACUUCGAGUGAUCCAACAUUUCUGAGAGACGGAUAUGGCAUGUUUUCGGAGGGAGCUGGGGGGUAUGCUCAGGUGCCCGCAAACUCCCGCGAAAUGACACUGCGCAUGACUCUGACACGUCCCGAUUUGCGGGCGCACGAGAACGAGAUCUACGGAUGGCAGCAAGGGAAGCCCUUGUACCGGAAUACCCGCAAGUCGAUGUCUUUGGGCGGAUUUGAAAACAAGAGCAUGUUUUACGGGGAGCCAAUACUCAAUGAAAGCUUGGAGAACCAGGCAAGCAUCACCUCGGAGAGGGGGGUCAUGAAGCGAAUCUGGAAGCGGGUUCGACGGACGUAA